AUGGUGGAGAGGACGAAAGUGUUGGAGAAGAACGCUCAGGAGGUCGAACAGUAUAAGAAGAACCAGCAGACGGCCAGAGGACCGAUUAUUUCCAGGAACGCUUCGAGUCAGAGAAGGACCCCUUAUACUCGGCCUGCACUACCCGCUAGCUCUAGUGGGUCCCCUUCUCAAUCAUUGGUUGUUGUCGGUCAGUCUGGACAGCAAGGGGCUGUGACUUGUUUUCAUUGUGGAGGGCCUCACUACAAGUCGUCAUGUCCCCAGCUAGUAGGAGGAAAGUUUUGCGCUCAGUGUAGAAGGAAUGGUCAUCUGGAGAGCGAAUGUAACAUGGGAAGGCGAGCGGUGAUGAGGCCACCGAAUGCUGGAAGAAAACAACCGAGAGGUGGUGGCCGAGCACAAGCGGUCGGUCGAGUUUAUGCAAUAGCUGGUGCUGAAGCAGCAAGUUCAGCUAACCUCAUUAUCGAUACUUUCUUGCUGUAUGGUAUAUCUUGCUGUGUGUUAUUUGAUUCGGGGGCAACACAUUCCUUCAUCUCGAAGGCAUGUGUUGAGAAACUGGGAUUGACCGAGAGUGAGAUGCAGUUUGACUUGGUAGUGUCAACCCCAGCAACUGGUGAGGUUAGGACGUCUACUAUGUGCAUUGGAUGUCCUAUUGAGGUGGAAGGGCGUAGAUACAAGGUAAACCUUAUUUGUUUACCUCUAAAAGAAUUAGAGGUGAUUUUAGGAAUGGAUUGGUUGGCUGCCUAUCACAUUCUUAUAGAUUGUGGUGAGAAGAAGUUAGUAUUCCCUGACGAAAAAGAAGAAUAUUCGAUAACGCUCGGUCAACUAAGGGAAGAUAUCAUGGAAGGCGCUAGCUGUUUUCUGAUAAUGACGCAUACGGACGUAGUGUCCGAGGAGUUAAGUCAUGACCGAGCGGUUAGUCAAGAGCGAAGUGGAGAACAUUCGGUUGUGAAUGAAUUUCUGGACGUCUUUCCAGAAGAAGUGCCUAGACUACCUCCCCUCGCGAGGUAG